AUGCCAGCGCCGCCUUACUUCGAAGCAACCACCCGCUCUGCUUCGAGUAGUGCCCAGCCGUCGGCGAGCCGGAAGAGAAAUGCCCGCCGGAGGGCUCAGGCCAAGAAGGCAAACGCCCUUGGGAUGUCCUCCCACCAAUAUCCCAAGCAGCAGCAGCCCGAGCCUAUGGAUGCCGAACCGACCGUCAACGCCCAAGACGGGACCGAAGUCGAGGAGAAAAGCAAUGUUGCUGUCACAGCAGAGCAACUUGCAUUACUCGACGAAACAGACGCCCACAGUACCCCGCCCCCUCCCUACACAGCCGUCGAGCCCGUUUGGGAGCGUGCUGGUUCGCCCGAGUCCACCGGCGUUGGCAUUGAGCGCCCUGCUGCCGAUCCCAUUCCAUUAGCAAGCCCAGACAGCGCUCUAGCCGUGAAAACCGAGCAGCCCUCCUCGAGCACGCCUGUCCAGCCGGCCGGCAGGACCAAGGACGAGUCUGGCUUUGUGGUCACGUUCGUCUCAACCACAACGUACCCUCCGCUGGCCAUCGAAGCAGAAGUGGACGGUACGGGAGAGGGCGUGGACUCCCGACACAGAAACUGGGUCCGCCUUGUGGACUGGAAAGUACCCUAUCGGCGUCUGUUGCAGACUUUGGCCGUUGUGUGCCACAUGUCGAGUCUGGCUGUUGCCUUUGCCUGCACUUUCUUCUUCUGCGGUGUUCCCAUCUUCUGGCCGGUCGUAAUUCCUUACCUGCUUCACUUGGCCAUGUCUAGCCGGAGCACCGAUGGCACGCUGCGAGGGCGCUCGGAGUGGUUCCGUCGCUGCGCCAUGUGGCGGCAUUUCGCCGAUUACUUCCCUGUCCGGCUCUACAAGACACACGAUCUUCUACCGACUCGGAAGUACAUCCUCGGCUACCACCCACACGGUAUCAUCUCUCACGGUGCUGUGGCCGCCCUCGCCACGGAAGGUGCCGGUUGGUCUGAGAAGUUCCCUGGCAUCACCAACUCCCUGUGUACCCUGGAUGUUAAUUUCCGGAUACCGCUGCUCAGGGACUACGCCCUGGCCAUGGGCUUGCAGUCGGUAUCUAGUGAGUCUAUUCACAAUAUUUUGACGAAGGGUGGGCUCAAUGGCGAGGGCAUGGGUCGGUCUGUGACUAUCGUUUUGGGCGGUGCCAGAGAAUCCUUGGAGGCCAAGCCUGGGCGCAUGAAGCUUUACCUAUCUCAGAGGAAAGGCUUCAUCAGGCAGGCCAUCCGCACCGGUGCUGACCUCGUCCCUGUCAUUGGCUUCGGGGAGAACGACCUGUACAAUCAGGCUGAGCAGGAGCGGCAUCCGUGGAUGCACUUCUUUCAAAAUGCUAUGUUGAAGAUGGUGCGCUUUACGCUCCCGGCUUUGCGUGGACGCGGCAUCUUCAACGACGAUUUUGGCACCCUCCCUUACCGCCAUCCCGUGCAUGUGGUAGUUGGCAAGCCUAUUCCGGUCGUCCAGAAGAAGGAAGAUGCCAUCCGAGACGACUAUGUCGACCAGCUACACAUGGAAUAUGUCGCAGAAGUCGUCAGGUUGUGGGACGCUUACAAAGACGUGUUUGCCAAGGAUCGUAUUGCGGAAAUGCGGAUUGUAUAA